GACAGCUCUCUAACAAUCAAUAACGCUUCAAUUUAACUGCCUGUUCCCGGAAGUUAUAGUUGUGCCUUGACAACCAUGCUACCAUGACACCGAGAGGUGAGAGCUGAUACAUCCAUGAGAAAACACGCCGAGGGAACUUUAUAGAGCUACAGAAUGGAGGUAUCCAGGAGAAGAAUCCUCCAAAAACAUCUGGAGCCUGCCAGACCCCUGCGCCGCUGCAUCCAUGUUGACAUUGAUCCAAAAACAAAUGCUGCCACAUGUGCCCUGGCAAUAAUGGAGGAAGGGGAUCACGAGACAACUAUCGGCAUAGAGCAGUUCUACAAGAUUGUCAACCUCCACAAACAGAAAGAAGGCAAAAUAUCUUACUCAAGAGAUUUUUUAAUUGGUCUGGCAAGUUGCCCUCAGGCCAGGAAGAAGCCGGAGUUCUUGCCAGAGCACCCCAUAGUCCUAAUGGAGGCAAGAGAUCUUGGGCACCUAAGGCUUCAUGAAAUGAGGUGCAAUGGGGGAAAAGAAGACAUGGCGGCAGAAAGGCUUCACUAACCUUAAGGAAUUUGCACAGGUGUUCACUACCCCCAAAGAGUGUUUGUGUUGUUGUUUUGCUAAAUGCUGUUCUUGGUGAAUUUUAUUUAACUUGUUAAAUUUUGAAUGUUUAUUAUUUUUGAACGAGACUGACAAACAGUUUGAGGUGAAGUUGCACUAAGUAAUAAUACUAAACGCCACUUUAUUUGCUUUAAGUAUGAGUGUUGCAUUUUUUGCUUACAUUUUCUGCUGUGUCUGGCGAGAGUGAAGGAUUUACAUUUUAUAAAAAUGUUUGAAACAUUAGAUAUUAAGGGCUACUUGUCAGCUCUGGUGGUAAUGUUUCGUUUAAAGAAACUGGGGGAGAAAAAAAAUGCCAUUUAAUGUAGACUCAUCAUAUUAGAGUCAUAAAACAAACCUUACCUGAAGUGACAGUUGUCAUCAGAUUCAGCUGUAUUAGCUGAGAUUACAUCAGCAUGGUGACUUAACGUGCCUUACUAAACAUGUUGACUUCUUCUCUUAUAAAGGAACAAUUGCGCAACAGUUUUGUGUGUUGAUAUUUUCUUUCUUGCAUGUAAUUAAAACUCUACCUGCCCAGCA